AUGACGGCAGCGGCGGCGGAGGCCGUGUCGCGCCGCCUGGGCGCGGCUGUGCGUGACCUCUCGGGUUCGUGGUACGGGCGCCACAUGGCCGCAGCCGAGCGCGCCAUCCGCGCGCGCCUGCCCCUCGUCGACCUCGUCCUCGAGGUCCGCGACGCACGCGUGCCCGACUCCUCGUCGUUCGAGCCUCUCCGCCGCCGCCGCGGGCCUCUGGAGCCAGACCGCCGCCGGGUCGUCCUUCUUAACAAGGCGGACCUGGCAGACCCGUCCGAGACCGAGGAGUGGGUGGCCUACAUCAAGAAGCAGACGAGCUGCCCUUGCGUCGCGGUAAAUUCUCACAGCAGGGAAAGCAUCAAGGAGCUAUUGAAUGUUGUGCAAACAAGAAUCAGGGAGAUCAAGCAUGGCGAGAACAAUUGCACGGGAACUGCCCUCCUGGUCGGGAUUCCAAACGUUGGGAAAUCGGCCAUCGUUAACGCGAUGCAUCAAAUUGGGAGGAUUGCGGCAGCAGAGAAGGGAAAGCUGAAGCAUGCGAUUGUGAGCAGCCAUCCUGGAGAAACUAGAGACAUAAGUGGAUACAAGGUUGCUAGUCAUCCAAAUAUAUACGUGUUGGACACUCCUGGUGUGCUGUCGCCUAGAUUUAAAGAUGAUGGUUCUGGCCCCAGACUAGCCUUGACAGGGGCUAUCAAGGACUCCUUGUUAGAGGAUUAUGAUAUCGUACAGUUUCUUCUUGCAAUUGUGAACUCAGGGAAGGAAUAUAGGAAGUGGGACAAGUUGAAUAAAGCAGGAGAUACCUUUUCUUGUGGCAACACAAUUACGUCCAGGGGCCACAACAAUAAAGGGCAACAUGCUUCAGAUCACACUCAGGAUUUCUUCGUGAAAGCAGUCCGCCAAGUGCUUUUUGAGACUGUAUCUCGUUUUAAUGGGGAUCUGGGACACGUGGAUGAGUUAAGAAGAUUGAUAGGCCACCAACUUGUAAACUUGCAGGAGGUUUUCAAAGUCUCCACUGAAUCAAGCGAGGAUAUGUGUAAACCUAUAGCUUUGAAACUACUCAAUCUGUAUCGGACAGGAAGGCUUGGCCAUUAUACCUUAGAAAAUGUCCCAGAUGUUAGGCAGGAAGUUGUUGCAUAA